GGGGAAUGGUAUCGUUUGGGUUCACCAGGGGUCACUGUUCUCCCGAAAUUAUGGCGGCUGUAUGAUCUGAGGGCUUGGCCUGGCUGUUGAGACUCGCCAGAAGGAAUGGGGGCCGUUAUGGACCCCUCCUUACCCGCCUAGGACGUCACGAGUACUAACAAGCAAGACCUUGACGCAUAGCGUCUGCCAUUUUGGGGUAAACAAAGACGUAGCCCGCCGAAUUUUUUUUCGGAAGCAGCUCGUAUCCCAACCACAAAAGGAUGCCAUCUGCGACGGCGGCCGGCGGCCUGUCCUAUCUUCUUCUCCUCGGGCAGUCCAUGUUUAGCGCGGACGCCUUGGCGAAGAACAUCAACUCGGGCAAGCUGGAUGUACUAGAUGUGUUCCUGGUUUUGUUCGGAGUGUUUUUAUCGACGAUCUUGCUCGCCACGUAUGUAUGGACGUCUGUGAGGCGGCGAUGGCGGGGGGAAACCAGGCAGGCGGUUGGGCGGGUCGGUCCGGAGCAGGAGGCCGGGGUUCGAGCCCCAGCCCCGCCGGACGGGAGAGUGUACGAGCCGUGUGAGUGGGUGAACACCACGCUAACCUGGCUUCGAACCCAGCAGCAUCAGACUCCAGAACUCGUGAAAUCAUGGCUGAAAGCCCUCAACGAACAAGCCAGAAGAAAUGGGAGUUCCUUGCAGCUGACCUUUGAUAAAGUCAAAGAAGGAAGCCUUCCCCCCAAGUUUACUUCCAUCAACAGUGCCAUCUCAGAUGAUGGCAGUUUGGUGAUUGGUUGUCAUGUGGAGUGGCUGAGGCUAGGUCUGACUGUGUUUGCCAACCAACAGACUCCACAAAACAUCAAACUAGCCAUCUGUGAUGUCGACGUCAAUGCCAGUUCAAGGCAUCUGUGCAGUCAGAAGAAGUCCAUGUCACCGGCUCCUUCCCAAAAGAGCCCAAAAUUGACUUAAAUGUGAAACAACCAGCAGGAAGCGAGGAGGAUGGAGUGGACACUGAGAUUGUGGAGGGACUUGUCCGAGACACGCUGGCCGGAGCGGUGCUGACCAUCAGCCUGUCCCUACAGAGUAUGCUGAGGGAGGGGAGGGACCAGCCCGACAGGUUACCCACGUUUGUGGAUGGGCCCAUCUCAGCACCUGGGGACAGAGGGGUAGCCAAGCCAAUAGUGACCAGGAGAUUGUCCCCAUCAGGGGUACCUCCCAAACCACCACGGCUGCAAGACAGAAAACUGCUGGUCAAAGUUAUCAAAGCCAAUGGCCUGCCAGGACGUAAUGGUUAUGGCUCGUGUGACCCCUACUGCAUCAUCGAGAUGGACGCCCCCCUCCAGAAACACAAGACCAGCGUUAUCAAGAACACCAUCAACCCUUUCUGGGAUGAACACUUCUUGUUUGAUCUCAGCACAAGAACAAAAGAGCUGAAGUUUUCUCUGUUCGAUAGAGAAAAAGGGUCAGACAGUAGUAAGUGUGGAUUUUAUUCUCCUCUUUCAUAUGAAAGGUUUCAAAUUUCAUGUUUAUAAUCUGUUAACUAGCAA